AUGAAUUCUCCCGACACUCUCAGCUACGAAAGCGACACACCCAGCGAAGGACGCACGCCCACCCCCAAAAUCCCAUCAACGCCUCCGCCUCAGUCCAAAACUACUCCUCCAAAUCCAACAAUUACCCGCAAACCACCGACCAGUCCCCGUCCUAGAAAUAUGGCAACCACCACUGCGCAAAUCAAAAUUGACACGGGGAUUCCCGCAUCGCCCGAAACUUGGGGCGAGAGAUAUUUACGCAACACUCAAUGA